AUGACCUCGGAAAAGAAAACCCUCCACCUUGUCGGCGUGGGCGUGACACACUCCAUUGCCCCUGGGAUGCACAACCACAUCGCGCAGUCCCUCGAUCUCCCCUGGACCUUCUAUGCCACAGAAUGUCCCACCAUCGAAGAUGUUCUAAGCCUCGCAAGAAAGCCGACGACGGCUGGGCUUGUCGUGACAAUGCCGUAUAAAAACUCCGUGAUGGCGCAACUCGACCAGCUCGACGAUCUGGCAAGCAUGAUCGGCGCCUGUAACAAUAUCUACUAUACGAAUGACGAGCCGAGGCAAUUACGAGGGACCAAUACCGACUGGAGGGGAAUUAGGGGCUGCUUAUUGGAAAGAGGCGAGGAAAUUCAACGCCCGUCCAGUGGAAAUCCUGGGGCAGCAUUGAUUGUGGGUGCUGGAGGGGCGAGUCGGGCAGCUGUGUAUGCCCUGAGCGAGCAUCUUCACUGCCAGACAAUCUAUAUUCUGAACCGCGACGAGGGAGAGGUUCGAGAUCUUAUUCGCGAUGCGCAGAAAUUGUCCAGAGUGCCGGAGAUCAUCCACAUCACGACAGCAGAGCAGGCACAGGGACUGCAGACUUCACCAUAUUACAUUGUCGGUACAGUGCCGGAUUUUGAGCCGCAGACAGAAUCCGAGAAGAAUGUUGCGUCGAUAUUAGGCUGGUUUCUUUCCCAGCAAACUAAAGGGGUGCUGUUGGAUAUGUGCUUCAAGCCGCGGCGGACACGGAUGAUCAAGUUGGCAGAGUCACUGGGGUGGCCCUGUGUUGAAGGCACGCAUGUUAUCGGAUAUCAGAUCGAGGAGCAAUGGCGACUAUGGGCUGGGGAGGAGAAAGUGGCCUCAUUAGACUGGGAGGGAGCUUGGAAGGUGCUGUUGCAGGCUGCGGAGGAGAGCACUGCAAUUAACUAA